AUGCACGCCUCAAGCUCUCUCGCUCUCCUCGCCGUCACGGCUCUUUCGGCAUCCGCUGCUCCAGCCCCUCAGUCAAGCAGCGCACCACCAGAGACGCUCAGCGUCGCCAUCUAUAGCGACCAACAGUGUAGCGUCAGUGGCUCCGCUCCGGGGAGUCUGAACGCUACCGUUUGCUAGUACGUGUAUCGAACAUUCUCGUAGUUGGAGUAUGCUGAUAUAUGCUCGCUAGUCCUGUCCCAUCUGGCGUUGGCUCCUUGUCCGUUUACGCCGUUCCAUUCGAAGGAGGAUCCAUUGCCGUCUAUCCUACCGAAGAGUGCGUCGAUGGAGAUGCUAUCGCAAGCUUUAGUACCUACUAUGUCGGCUGUCAGAAGGCUGGCUCUCAGGGCAAAGCUGUGAAGUAUACUCGCACCUAG